GUAAGAUGGCGAGGGCGGAGGCCAACUGGGAGCGCCUGGUGCGGGCGGCGCUCCGCGGGGAGCGGAUGGGCGGCGGGUACGGGGUCCCCGCCAGCGGCAUCGCCGGGAACGUCCCCACCUCGCUCGGCAACAACACCCACAUCGACGAGGUGCUCCGCGCCGCCGACGAGAUCCAGGACGAGGACCCCACCGUCGCCAGAAUCCUGUGUGAGCAUGCGUAUGCGCUAGCCCAAAAUCUGGAUCCCAAUAGCGAAGGGAGAGGCGUCCUGCAGUUCAAAACCGGUUUAAUGUCAGUAAUCAGGCAAAAACUAGCAAAGAGGGAAGGCGGUGCUAUAGACCGGAGUCAGGAUAUUGCUAAACUGCAAGAGUUUUAUAAGCUAUACAGAGAAAAGCAUAAAGUUGAUGAGUUGUGUGAAGAUGAAAUGAAGCUUAGGGAAUCUGCUGUGUUUAGUGGUAACCUUGGAGAGCUGGAACGCAAAACUCUGAAGCGGAAAAAAGUACUUGCAACUCUCAAGGUCUUGUGGUCAGUAAUAGAGGAUAUAACAAGGGAAAUUUCCCCUGAGGAUGCAGAUAAAUUGAUUUCUCCUGAGAUGAAAAAAGUCAUGCAAAAGGAUGCGGCAAGGACAGAGGAUGUUGUAGCUUAUAAUAUUAUUCCUCUAGAUGCCGUGUCUACAACUAAUGCAAUUGUCACUUUUCCAGAGGUGAGGGCAGCGAUAUCAGCUUUGCAGUACCAUAGGGAUCUGCCGAGGCUCCCUGGUAACAUUUCAGUUCCUGAUGCUAGGAAUUCAGAUAUGCUGGACCUUUUGCACUGUGUGUUUGGUUUUCAGAAAGGCAACGUGAGCAAUCAACGGGAGCACAUUGUUCACCUGUUGGCAAAUGAGCAGUCUCGGUUGGGCAAACUAUCAGGGAAUGAACCGAAAAUUGACGAGGGUGCUGUACACGUCGUUUUCUCCAAGUCUCUAGAUAACUACAUGAAAUGGUGCAGCUAUUUGCCACUACGUCCUGUCUGGAAUAACGCUGAAUCGUUGACCAAAGAGAAAAAGUUGCUAUAUGUGUGUUUAUACUACCUGAUCUGGGGAGAGGCUGGCAACAUACGAUUUCUUCCAGAAUGCUUAUGCUACAUUUUUCAUCAUAUGGCAAGGGAACUAGAGGAAACUAUGCGGAAACAGAUUGCAGAGCCAGCUGAAAGUUGUAUUUCUAACGAUGGUGUAUCAUUUCUUGACCAAGUCAUUUCCCCUCUAUAUGAAAUCAUUGCAGCUGAAGCAGCUAACAAUAACAAUGGGCGGGCAGCACAUUCUGCAUGGAGAAACUACGAUGAUUUCAACGAGUUUUUCUGGUCUUUGAAAUGUUUUCAGUUGGGUUGGCCAUGGAAACUGAGCAGUCCAUUUUUCUCGAAGCCUACUAGGAAGGAGGGUUUGCUCCAUCGGCCGCAUCAUUAUGGAAAGACAUCUUUUGUGGAACACAGAACUUUUCUCCAUCUUUACCACAGCUUUCACCGCCUUUGGAUGUUCCUAAUUAUGAUGUUUCAGGGACUUACUAUCAUUGCUUUCAACAAAGGUAGUUUUAAGACAAAGACUGUAUUGGAACUUCUUAGCUUGGGCCCAACUUAUGUCGUAAUGAAAUUCAUUGAGAGUGUAUUGGACAUUCUAAUGAUGUAUGGUGCAUAUUCAACAUCUCGUCGAUCUGCCAUUACCAGAGUGAUCUGGCGAUUCUGUUGGUUUACCAUGGCUUCAUUGGUCAUCUGUUACCUAUAUAUCAAGGCACUUCAAGAUGGAGCGCAGUCUGCACCUUUCAAGAUAUAUGUUGUUGUAAUCAGUGCAUAUGCGGGUUUCAAGAUAAUUGUCAGCCUUCUCAUGAGUGUUCCUUGUUGCCGUGGUGUUACCAAUGCUUGCUACAGCUGGUCUUUUAUACGCCUUAUUCAGUGGAUGCAUCAGGAGCACAAUUACGUUGGAAGAGGCAUGCAUGAAAGGCCUCUAGACUAUAUCAAAUAUGUGGCUUUCUGGCUUGUUAUUCUUGCAGCAAAAUUUUCAUUUACCUAUUUUCUCCAGAUUCAACCUCUUGUAGAACCAACACAACUGAUCAUCAGUUUCAGAGACUUGCAGUAUCAAUGGCAUGACUUUUUCUCAAAGAAUAACCAUAAUGCCUUCACAAUUCUUUCUUUAUGGGCUCCAGUGGUCUCAAUUUAUCUUUUGGACAUCCAUGUAUUUUACACCAUCAUGUCUGCUAUUGUCGGAUUCCUCCUUGGUGCACGUGAACGACUGGGAGAGAUUAGGUCUGUUGAAGCAGUUCACCGAUUCUUUGAGAAGUUUCCUGAAGCAUUCAUGGAUAAACUUCAUGUUCCUGUUCCAAAAAGGAAACAACUGCUAUCAUCUGGUCAGCUUCCAGAGUUAAAUAAGUUUGACGCAUCUAGAUUCGCUCCUUUCUGGAAUGAAAUUGUGAGGAAUUUGCGGGAAGAGGAUUACAUUAACAACACCGAACUGGAGUUACUCUUGAUGCCCAAGAAUAAAGGUGGUCUUCCAAUUGUGCAGUGGCCUCUUUUCUUGCUUGCUAGCAAGGUUUUCUUGGCGAAAGAUAUUGCAGUUGAUUGCAAAGACUCACAAGACUCACAAGAUGAACUCUGGCUAAGGAUUUCAAAGGACGAAUACAUGCAAUAUGCUGUCGAGGAGUGCUUUCAUACCAUUUAUCAUAUCCUGACCUCUAUACUAGAUAAAGAAGGCCAUCUCUGGGUGCAAAGGAUUUAUGGUGGUAUUCGAGAAAGCAUUGCAAAGAAGAAUAUCCAGAGUGAUAUCCAUUUCAGCAAAUUGCCUAAUGUCAUUGCCAAGCUCGUUGCUGUAGCAGGAAUACUGAAAGAAGCAGAGUCUGCUGAUAUGAAGAAGGGGGCAGUUAAUGCAAUUCAGGACCUAUAUGAAGUUGUUCAUCACGAAGUGCUAUCUGUUGAUAUGAGUGGCAACAUUGAUGAUUGGAGUCAGAUAAAUAGAGCAAGAGCCGAAGGCCGCCUCUUCAGUAAUCUCAAGUGGCCAAAUGAUCCUGGAUUGAAGGACCUCAUCAAACGAUUGCAUUCACUUCUGACCAUCAAGGAAUCAGCUGCGAAUGUUCCUAAAAACCUGGAAGCCUGCCGGAGACUGGAGUUCUUCACGAACUCUCUGUUCAUGCGAAUGCCUCUUGCAAGGCCUGUUUCAGAAAUGCUUUCCUUUAGCGUGUUCACUCCAUAUUACUCAGAGACUGUGCUUUAUAGUAUCGCUGAACUCCAGAAAAGAAAUGAAGAUGGUAUAAGUACACUAUUUUAUCUUCAGAAGAUAUAUCCAGAUGAAUGGAAGAACUUCCUUACUCGCAUCAACAGGGAUGAAAAUGCAGCAGAGUCUGAACUUUUUAGCAGUGCAAAUGACAUACUAGAACUGCGCCUUUGGGCAUCUUACCGUGGGCAGACCUUAGCGCGAACAGUUCGUGGUAUGAUGUAUUACAGGAAGGCCCUUAUGUUGCAAAGUUAUCUGGAGAGAAUGCAUUCUGAAGACCUCGAAUCUGCAUUUGAUAUGGCUGGUCUGGCUGACACACAUUUUGAGUACUCCCCUGAAGCACGCGCACAGGCUGAUUUGAAGUUUACAUACGUGGUAACCUGCCAAAUUUAUGGAUUACAGAAAGGAGAAGGGAAACAAGAAGCUGCCGAUAUAGCCCUUCUAAUGCAAAGUAACGAAGCUCUCAGAAUUGCUUACAUUGAUGUUGUCGAGAGCAUUAAGAAUGGAAAGCCUAGCACUGAGUAUUACUCGAAGCUUGUUAAAGCUGACAUCCAUGGAAAAGACAAGGAAAUUUAUUCAGUUAAGUUGCCUGGCAAUCCAAAGCUUGGGGAGGGUAAACCUGAAAACCAAAAUCAUGCCGUAAUAUUCACUCGUGGAAAUGCUGUACAGACUAUUGAUAUGAAUCAGGACAACUAUUUUGAGGAGGCACUCAAGAUGAGAAACCUGCUUGAGGAGUUCUCUCAAGAUCAUGGCAAGUUCAAACCUUCAAUUCUUGGUGUUAGGGAACAUGUCUUCACAGGAAGUGUUUCCUCCUUGGCCUCAUUCAUGUCGAGUCAGGAAACUAGCUUUGUAACAUUAGGACAGCGUGUUCUUUCUAAUCCACUAAAAGUGAGAAUGCAUUAUGGUCACCCAGAUGUUUUUGAUAGAAUUUUUCAUAUUACGAGGGGGGGCAUCAGUAAGGCAUCCCGUAUCAUCAAUAUCAGUGAGGAUAUAUUUGCAGGGUUCAACUCGACGUUGCGUCAAGGGAACAUAACUCAUCAUGAGUAUAUUCAGGUUGGGAAAGGAAGAGAUGUUGGGCUUAACCAGAUUGCACUAUUUGAAGGAAAAGUUGCUGGAGGAAACGGUGAACAAGUGCUUAGUCGAGAUAUAUACAGACUUGGACAGCUCUUUGACUUUUUCAGGAUGCUAUCCUUUUAUGUGACAACUAUUGGAUUCUAUUUCUGUACUAUGCUAACUGUACUGACUGUGUACAUAUUUCUCUAUGGAAAAACCUAUCUGGCUUUAUCUGGUGUUGGAGAAUCAAUUCAAAAUAGGGCGGAUAUUAUGCAGAAUAAAGCCCUGACCGUGGCUCUGAACACACAAUUUCUUUUCCAGAUUGGUGUGUUUACUGCUAUUCCCAUGAUUCUAGGUCUCAUCUUGGAAGCUGGUGUCUUGACGGCUUUUGUCAACUUCAUUACAAUGCAGUUCCAGCUAUGUUCUGUGUUUUUCACUUUCUCUCUUGGAACAAGGACUCACUACUUCGGUCGCACAAUACUACAUGGGGGCGCAAAGUAUAGGGCAACUGGUAGGGGUUUCGUGGUGCGGCAUAUUAAGUUUGCUGAGAAUUACCGUCUUUAUUCCAGAAGCCAUUUCGUGAAAGGGUUGGAGGUUGCACUCUUGUUGGUGAUCUUUCUAGCUUAUGGGUUUAACGAUGGUGGUGCAGUUGGCUAUAUUUUACUAUCCAUAAGUAGCUGGUUUAUGGCGCUUUCGUGGCUUUUUGCUCCGUAUGUUUUCAACCCAUCUGGAUUUGAAUGGCAGAAGGUUGUUGAGGAUUUCAGAGACUGGACAAACUGGCUAUUUUACCGGGGUGGUAUUGGGGUUAAAGGAGAGGAAAGCUGGGAAGCCUGGUGGGAUGAAGAACUGGGACAUAUCCAGACUUUUCGUGGGAGGAUACUGGAGACUAUACUUAGUUUAAGAUUUUUCAUUUUCCAGUAUGGAGUUGUUUACCAUAUGGAUGCAAGCGAACCAAGUACAGCAUUAUUGGUAUAUUGGGUAUCCUGGGCUGUGCUUGGAGGGCUUUUUGUCCUCCUCAUGGUAUUCAGUUUAAACCCCAAGGCCAUGGUUCAUUUCCAACUGCUACUGCGUCUUGUCAAAAGUAUUGCCCUAUUAGUGGUUUUGGCAGGUUUGAUUGUGGCAAUUGUGUCAACACGCCUUAGUUUUACAGAUGUACUUGCUUCCAUUCUGGCAUAUGUGCCUACUGGAUGGGGAAUUCUUUCGAUUGCUGUUGCAUGGAAACCCAUAGUGAAAAGGCUAGGUUUGUGGAAAACAGUGCGCUCUCUGGGUCGACUGUAUGAUGCCGGCAUGGGAAUGAUCAUCUUUGUACCCAUAGCCAUUUGCUCGUGGUUUCCCUUCAUUUCCACCUUCCAGACGCGACUAUUGUUUAACCAGGCUUUUAGCCGAGGUUUGGAGAUUUCUCUCAUCCUUGCUGGCCAGAAUCAGAAUACAGGUGCAUGAUGGCAGCCUUACAGAACUUUUGAAUCUUCAGCCAGAUCAUGCUCCUCUGUGGCUCGAUCGAUCCUUGGUUCUCAGUUUAGCUGUAAAUGUGUAUAUCUUGAUGUUGAGAGGCAGUUAUCUGCUAUGGUUGUAGCCUGUAGGUGGUGGUGUACACUAAGGACUGGGUACUGAUUCAUUGUAAAAAGAACUCGUCCAGUGUUUAUGUUAAUUUAGACAUUGUAGAUUUUGGAUCUGGUAGUGAGAAGUUUGAGAUUGAGAAAUUGAUGAGCUAAGUUACUAAGAGAACACCAUGGCCUUGGAAAUGGAAUGACUUCAUGUAAUUAGCGACUUGAUGUAGAUUGAAUAGCAGUACUGAUUUAUGGAUAA